AUGAACCUGGUGGGGGGCUACCAGCAUCACCACCAUCACCACCAUCACCACCACAUGCUGCACGACCCUUUCCUCUUCGGGCCGGCGGCGCGGUGCCACCAGGAGCGCUCCUACUUCCCCGGCUGGGUGCUCAACCCGGCCGAGGCGACCCCCGAGCUCGCCGGGCAGAGCCCGAACUACGGCCCCGCCGAGUACGGCCCGGCCGGCCCGGGGCGGCUGGAGGCUCUCAGCGGCCGCCUGGGACGGCGAAAAGGUGUUGGGGGACCCAAGAAGGAGCGGCGGAGGACGGAGAGCAUCAACAGCGCCUUCGCCGAGCUCCGCGAGUGCAUCCCCAACGUGCCCGCCGACACCAAGCUCUCCAAAAUCAAGACCCUGCGCCUGGCCACCAGCUACAUCGCCUACCUGAUGGAGGUGCUGGCCAAGGACAGCCAGCCCGGGGACACCGAGGGCUUCAAAGCCGAACUCAAGAAGGCGGACGGCAGGGAGAACAAGAGGAAAAGGGAGACGCAGCCCGAGGUGUAUUCGCAGCCUCUGGGUCACGGCGAGAAGAAGCUGAAGGGCCGGACGGGUUGGCCCCAGCAGGUCUGGGCUCUGGAACUGAACCCCUGAGAGCUGCCCCGCCGCCCCGAUGGCCCUCCCCGCCCGCCCCUCCAUGUGCAAUGUCGGAGAGAGCCCAGCCCGGCCCCGGAGCCCAUCCAGGCGCAGGACACGGGGAGCCGGCCCGGCUGCCCCCCGCCCGGGCGAUGCUCCCCGGUUUGCGGGCUCGGUCCUGCCCGCCUCGUCGGCAGCGGGGA